AUGAACAAUUACUUUACAAAAUAUAUACCUAAUAUAAGAUUGUCUAAUACAGGUGAUUCUGAUGAUCAUACUAUUGGCAACUCGACCAACAGUCUACCGCAUAUAAAUUACAUAAUUAUUUUUAAUCCAACAUUUGUGUCUCCCAAAGCCGAAUCUGAUGAAGAAUUAAUUAAACAAAUUAUAGUUUUCCUACAAGGUAAAGACUUGCCAGAAUCACAAUUUUCACAAAUAGAACAAUUGAAAUUAAUUGGUUUAUUGAGAGGAAUUGAAUCGCUUGGUGAAAGUUUUUCCAAUUCAACCACGUCCACAACAACAGGUAAAAAACCAACAAUUCUUAAAUCAUUGGAUUCCUCAACUGUAAUGAUAGAAUUGGAAUCCAACUAUUUUUUAGCUUGCAAUAUCACAAUCAGCUCUCAAAUCAAUGAUCAAACUGUCAACGGGAUUAACCAACAGUUACUAAAAUCAAUUAUGCAAUCACAACGAUAUUUUGAAUUAUUCAAUAAGUCCAUAGAUUACACUUAUAAUCAAUAUGGAAUUAAUUAUUUACAAGAUAGUUUAAAAUCAUUUUGGCAAAAUUUUUUAACAAUGUAUAAUUCCCAAUCAAUAAAGAUUCCUAUAAGUCCAACAUCAUUAAUAAAUUGGUUUAAUGGUUUGAAUUAUCAAGGGUUUUUGGGAUUAUUACCUUAUACGCAAUACAAAAAAUCGUCAAUUAUUAUAAAUCAACAAAUAAGAGAAGAUAUUGAAUUGUUUAUGAAUGAUAAUAAAUCUGUUUCAGGUGUCUUGAUAAAUUAUUUUAAUCUUAAACUACCGAAACGGCAUGGUGUGGUGUAUAUGAAUACCAUUGGAAACAAAUAUAUUGAUAAUGAUGGGUUAAUUGAUAUUUAUAAUUGGUUGGAAUAUAACCAGUAUCAUGAUAAUUUGUCAAAUUUGAAUAAUGGCGGUGUUUUAAGUAGUAAUUUAUCUGUGGCAUCAUCACCGCCGCAAGAGGGUGAAAAUCAAGAUGGAAAUACUUCUGACGGUACAGCAGAUACACAAUUUGGAUUUGAUGUCAGUCUGGGAUUAAGAGUUUUGAAUCCAGUCAAUUUGACAAAUAAUUUGGUUAUUUCCCCAAUAAAUUACACAGUAUCAACUGUAAUGGAGGGAACACAAGUAUCUAAUUGGUUGGCUAUGCCUCAGUUUAUUAAAAAAUUGACUGUUGGUGAUGACAACGAAACAGCAGAAUUACCUCCAGAUCAAACAGCUGAUAUCAACGAAAAUAGAAGUGAAGAGGACGAAGAUGACUUAUCAGGGGAGUUUAUUAUAGGACUACAAUCUGAUGGGAGUAUCCUGAGACAAGUCAUUUAUUUGAAAACUACAGAUUCCAUUUAUCAAGAACACCAAUUGGUGACCUAUCAUAAAGAUGAUAUAUAUGUUACUUUGGUAUGCGAAUCAAGUGAUCCAAAGCUUGAUCUGUCUGGAUUUUAUAAAUCAUUGGAAACUUCAUUGCUUAACCCAAUUAUUGAACAAAUUGAAACUGUUGCUAUGGGUGGAAGUAUGUUACAAACAAGUGUAAACUCAAUACGAUCAUUGUAUGUUCCUAAUGAUAUUGAUCAAGAUUUCUUUUACAUUACAUGUAAUCCGAAACAAAGAAAUUUCCAAAGUUCAUUACCUUAUUUACCACAUCUUUCAAAUAUGAAUAGUGAUACAUUGACCAAAUAUCAACUAACGGCAUUAUAUUAUUUACAUGAUCAAUUGAGUAAUAUUUUCCAACCGACAUUUUUCGAAAACCAACUCCAUGAAUUUUUCCAUAAAUUCACCAGUAAUAAAUUAAAUGAUUGGAUGUUUUAUUAUAUUAAAUAUCAAGACAAGUAUAUCAUUAUCAUGAAAAAUAAAAGUAAAAAUACAACCUCAGUAUUGACCAACAAUCAAUUGUCUGCAAGUGUACCACCCACCAUUGAAAGAUCAAUAGUCAAUAGAAUAUCUGAAGGGGUAUUAGAUUAUACUAAAUUGGGGUUUUUAGAGAAUCUUGGAGAUGAUGUAAAGUAUUGGUUAGGUACUCAACAAGAAGAUCUAGAGUCAAUAGAACAGGUUUCUUUACUGUGA